AUGGAUACUGCGACCGCAAUAUUCACACCCAAAGAUAAUGAUCCUGCCCAACGCCUAACAGGUCAAUUCAACUUUACUCAAAUUACACCCACGAAAGUCCAUGUCAGCGGCCAAUUAACGAAUGGGAUGGUUGACAAAGACGUCAGGAAGUAUAAAUUUUGGAUUGCAGAUAGUCUUGGAAUUCUUCUUUACGAGUUGUCUAAAGGUGUAGGAGGAUGGAGCAUUAAUGAUAAUGGUGGGACUACCAUUUUGCAAAGUGAUUUUGAAGAAGGGUUUAGCGUUAAAGGAACCUAUGGAAUCGUCAAUCUAAAACUAGAAGUUUCUUUAGAAUCUGAUAUUCUUGGAUCAGCUCAGAUUAAAGAGGUUGUCUAA